AUGGCCAAUCUUCCAUGCUUGUUAAUCUUCUUCAUCACCAUCGUCAAUAACUCAUCCUCGUCUGGGAAUCUCGAAAACCCAUCGUCGAAUCAUCAUCACCAUCACGGUAAACAUCACAAGAUCUCAUUUUCCAUGCCGAAUUUGCUCAACAUUUCUCGACCGCCAUCUCCACAACUCACAAGCCAACUCCCAUUUUCAAAGCCCUUAGGCCUUUUCCCACCUAAUAAAGGCAUCCCGAUCCGCGAACCCGACCCGAAAGUUCGUCGACUAGAACGCUCGAUAUUCCGAACCUCGGAUUGUAUUUCCCGGCUAGGGCUACUCUUCAGGAGCUGGAAUUCGGCGCGGCGGCGACCAUUAGGAAAAGCACAAGGGGUGUAUGUUGCAAGUUCCGAAGUUGAUGCUGGCCACAUGAUGGCAAUGACUACGGUUUUCGCGGAUGGCGGGUUUAAAGACGGGUUACGGUUUUUCGGGUUACACCGGAGAGAUGUGUCGGAGUCGCAUAUUGCUGUCAUUGGUGGUACCGGGAAAUAUGCCGGUGCAAACGGCUAUGCAACAGUUAAAGUUGUGAAACAAGGAGUUAACAUGCUUCUUUUGUUCAAUGUUCAUCUCAGUUAA